AAUGAUCAUAAUUCAUGUGUGAAUAAAAUGUUUCAGUUUAUAAAGCAUCUAUUACAUACAUGUGUAUGUGUGUUUUUAGUACUUCAGAUACAUUAUUUUAUUACUUCAACAUUUUAAUUACUUAGGAACAUCAUCCCUAUUUUACAGAAAAGUAAAUAGGCUUAGAAAGAGUGAUACUUGGUCAUGUCAUACACCUAGUAAAGGACAGAAUCUGAUCUUCUGUUAUCAUUAUAAUGCUUGAAAAAAUUAAAAAUAGUGAAUUCUUUCAGCUAUGAAAUAUUUGAACACAGAAAAGUAGAGAAAAUAAUAUAUUUGAUGAUUUGUCAAAUUUUCUUCAAAUCUAGUUUUAAAAGAAACACUGCUGAGGCUUUUUGAUUCUUUCUUCCUUCUUUCACCAGAGGUCAUCAGAAUCAUUAUCCUAAGGUUGGGCUUGAACCAAUGAAAGAAGCCUAUGGCACUUAAAAAGAUAAAUGUUACUCUUCCUUUUUAAAUUGGAACUUCUGCUUAGUACCUGUAUAUGACUUUUCACCUGUGAUCUGUUCUUUUAGUAGCCGCUGACUUUGAGUUGCAGGAAGGUCUCUGAAGAUUUAUAUCAAAUGACGUCAAUGGCCAGCUUGUUUUCUUUUACUAGUCCAGCAGUAAAGCGAUUAUUGGGCUGGAAGCAAGGUGAUGAAGAGGAGAAAUGGGCAGAAAAGGCAGUCGAUGCUUUGGUGAAAAAGCUAAAAAAGAAGAAGGGUGCCAUGGAGGAACUGGAGAAAGCCUUGAGCAGUCCAGGACAGCCGAGCAAAUGUGUCACUAUUCCCAGAUCUUUAGACGGACGCCUGCAGGUUUCUCACAGAAAAGGCUUACCCCACGUUAUAUAUUGUCGUGUUUGGCGCUGGCCUGAUCUGCAGAGUCAUCAUGAGCUAAAGCCCUUGGAUAUUUGUGAAUUUCCUUUUGGAUCUAAGCAAAAAGAAGUUUGUAUUAACCCAUACCACUAUAAGAGAGUGGAAAGUCCAGUCUUACCUCCAGUAUUAGUGCCUCGUCAUAAUGAAUUCAAUCCGCAGCACAGCCUUCUGGUUCAGUUUAGAAACUUGAGUCACAAUGAACCACACAUGCCACAAAAUGCAACGUUUCCAGAUUCUUUCCAUCAGCCCAACAACACUCCUUUCCCUUUAUCUCCAAAUAGUCCCUACCCUCCUUCCCCUGCUAGCAGCACAUAUCCCAACUCCCCAGCAAGUUCUGGACCAGGAAGUCCAUUUCAGCUCCCAGCUGAUACUCCUCCUCCUGCCUAUAUGCCACCAGAUGAUCAGAUGGGUCAAGAUAAUUCCCAGCCCAUGGAUACAAGCAAUAAUAUGAUUCCUCAGAUUAUGCCCAGUAUAUCCAGCAGAGAUGUUCAGCCUGUUGCCUAUGAAGAGCCCAAACAUUGGUGUUCAAUUGUCUACUAUGAAUUAAAUAAUCGUGUUGGGGAAGCUUUUCACGCAUCUUCUACUAGUGUAUUAGUAGAUGGAUUCACAGACCCUUCAAAUAACAAAAGUAGAUUCUGUUUGGGGUUGUUGUCAAAUGUUAAUCGUAAUUCGACAAUUGAAAAUACUAGGCGACAUAUUGGAAAAGGUGUUCAUCUGUACUAUGUUGGCGGAGAGGUGUAUGCAGAAUGCCUCAGUGACAGCAGCAUAUUUGUACAGAGUAGGAACUGCAACUUUCAUCAUGGCUUUCAUCCUACCACUGUCUGUAAGAUUCCCAGCAGCUGCAGCCUCAAAAUUUUUAACAAUCAAGAGUUUGCUCAGCUUCUGGCUCAGUCUGUCAACCAUGGGUUUGAGGCAGUAUAUGAGCUCACCAAAAUGUGUACCAUUCGAAUGAGUUUUGUUAAGGGCUGGGGAGCAGAAUAUCACCGGCAGGAUGUUACCAGCACCCCAUGUUGGAUUGAGAUUCAUCUUCAUGGGCCUCUUCAGUGGCUGGAUAAAGUCCUCACUCAAAUGGGCUCCCCUCUGAACCCCAUUUCUUCUGUUUCAUAGUGCAGAAGUAUAUUUUUCAACUACAUUAUUAGUGGACUUGUUUUAAUUUUAGGGAAACUUUCAGUACAGAUACUGUGAGCUUACAUGGAAAACAGAUAUUACAACCUGUUUUUUUUCUACAUAAUUGUGACCAAUACAUUUGUAUUUUGUGAUAAAUCUACAUUUGUUUGUAUUCAUGUUCAUGUGAUUAACUCUCAAAAGUGUUGUGAAAGAUGCAGAGUAAGUAUUGUGCCCCAGUUCAGAAGUUCGGCAUUGAUCUUAACCUGGAACAUACUUUUUGCCUUAUUGUUCCAACAAUUUUUUUGUUAAUUUUUUUUGAAAAGUAAUACAUCACAUGAUAAAUUAUAACAAUGUAAGAGGGUGUUCAGUGAAAAGUCUUCCCUUCUAUUCUUGAUUCUUUAGAAGCUAUACUUUUGCCAGUUUCUUUGUCCUACCGACUUUAAAAAAGUGUAAUUCUAUUGUUUUAUAAAAGCAUAUGGUAGGGGCUUAAAAGAAACUAUAAAAAAAUCUUUUUUGAAGGAACACCAUGCACUGCUCUAACAAGUAGUGUUCAGUGAAAGCGAAGUGAAAGUUUUCUAAAUGACAUAAAAUUUACAUUUAAUACAGCUAAAUGUUUGUCAAUGUAUUGUGACUUGAUUCAGUAUAUCUUUGUAAAACAUUUCCUUUUUAGAAAAGAAUUAUUGCAAACAACAGAUCUCCAGUAUGUCAUUUAUUCAGAAUCUGUUAUAAGAACUACUUUAUAGCUAGUGACAGUGCGUGCACGGCCUUGUUCAGCUAUAUUUGCUGCUUUUGGCCAAUGUUGUAAGAACUCUAAUCUUGGCAUGCAUUAAUCUUUUAUUUUGCACUUUGAUGGGUGACAGUUUUUAAUGUAACCUUUUGUGAAACACACUCAAGUGACUUGGACUUAGAUGCUCAUCCUUACUUUUUUGGUACCCCUUUUGUAUUAACAAACACUGCAAUUUAUAGAUUAAAGUUGUAGGAAGUUAUGCUUUUUCUAUCUUUUGUUGUAUUUUCAACCUACAUUAUAAGACUGUUAUUUUAUAGCUCCAACUUAAGGUGCCUUUUAAAUUCCCUGCAGUUUUAUAGAUAGUAUUAAUGUUGGAAAAUCAUGUACUUAAUCCCAUUGUUCUUACUUGCAUCAGUCUCCCUGUGCAAGGAUCUGUGUCCUGCGGCCAUAGGAGCAUCUUCAUUCUGGCCCAUUGGGUGAGGUCACAGAUCUGAUGCUUACAUGAGUUAGCAGUGAUUGUUGAGCUAGCUGAUAUGAAAAUGUUCACAAAUCAAAGAAUACUCAUGUAUCAAAGAAUACAGACUGUUUUCUCAGUUACCAUGCAUCCUCUGUCUUUUUCCUUUUUUUUAUUUUAGCACCUAUGUGGAUGCUUGUCUUUACAAUCCUCAGAGAGAAAAGACGUGAAAACUCCAAAAUAACUGUUUAAUCAAUCAUGUUUAAGGGCUUUGAGUAAAGGACUCUUAACCUCCUUUUCUAGGAAGCAGUCACAUGGACACUUAAUUACGGUAUGAGAACAAAGACAUUAUUUUGGGGAAAAAAAUGACCUAAUUUACCUUUCAGAAGAACCUUAUUUUCUGAUGCCUUUAGAAAGUACGUGGAGCCAUGUCAAUCUUCUGUUUAAAAUGUUAGUUUGGCUUGACUUUCUGCUUUGCCCUUUCUGCUUUCAUGAAUAAAAAAAAUGCAUUUUUUGAGGAAAGGAGAAUAUGAUUCCUCUUGUUCCUGUAACAUUAUUUAUUGCUUUUAUAAAGUGCAGCCAGUGGAUGGUUUUAGUUCUCUCAGAUGAAGUGCCAUAUGUGUUUUCAGCUUACAGUCCUUUGCUAGGUAAGAGAAAACUUUCUGUCACCAGAGCCUUAAACAUCAGUUUUACAUGAUAUGAAUUCUCAAUCUUCCAGAAUUGUGUCAGCCACAUGAAAGAGAAUUAUUUGCUUAGUGGUAGAAUUUAGCUAUUUACAUCAUUCUUUUACGUAUUAGGCUCAAGGCACAAUCUUUGGAACAAAUUUGUAGAAAAACCACCCAGGUUGAAUUACAGAUACAUGUAAUCAACUUCAGUGGGCUUGAACUGGUGGAAACUAUUGAAUUGUUUUAUUAAUGCUUUCAAUUGGGUUCAUUAACAGUUGUUUUUAUUCAUGUAACAACCUUUAGGGUUAGCAGGAUUUUCUGUGAUUGGCUUUCUCUGUGUUUUUUCCUAAGGGAUUGUGUCUCAUGAAUGACAGCAAUAAAGCCAUUAACUGUUAAGAAUUUCAUGGAGAAGUAUAAACCUGUUGUAUUUCCUAAAAGUUAACUCCACACCCCUUCAUUUUACAUACAAACUUCAUUCAAUCUAGCUGCCUCUAUAAUUCCUGAGGAUACUCAGUGUAGGAAUGGGUGGGAAAUAAAAAUUGCCUGAGAUUUUAAAAACUAAGUAAAAUUCUACCAAUGAAAAAGCACCUUUGAAAGAAACCAUUUCAGAAAAUUACAAUUUAAAGUUUUUAUUUAAUCUCCAGAAUGGUUCAUAGUCAAAUUAUAAAAACAUCAACAUACCAGAAUAAUCACAAUUUAUGGCAUGUACAGUAUAUAUGCCAGCUGAAAAGAUGGAAUUUGGAAAUAAUAAAAUUACAACCAGUUUGGUAAAUGCAAAAAGAGGAAUAGAGUCAAAAUUAAUCUCAGUAAUGAAUUAAAUCAACAAAAAGAUGUUUGGGAAAAAAAACAAUUUAGGAGGUGCAUUUGACUAACAUUGCUACAUAAUUACCUGGCUUAAGUUAGAGAAUGUAAACUAGAUCAAUAUUAUUGAUCUACCGAAGUGAAUUUUUAGAGACAGUUUAAGGAAGACAUCAAUCUAAAUGUCAAAUAUAUACAUCAGAAUAUAGAUCAUUUUUUACAUUUUCUUGUUAUAUAAAGAAACUAUGAUAAUAGAAUUGGCUGAGGUGAAAUCCACAGUAAGAUUACUGGAUAGUUAAACCUAUACCUAUAAUAGUACAGAAAGUAGUAGUACAAACGUAGCUAUGUUAUACUUUUCAUAACAUUUAGGAGUAAGACAUUAUUUUAGGAUAUAAAAUGAUCUGUAAGUAUUCAGAUCUGAAAUCUAUUGUCAAGGUAAGGACUGGGGCUCUCAUUGUAAGAUCUUCAGUAUUAUCUUAGGGUACUGGAGGGAAACAGUUCCCCUGUAAUAGUGUUCUGUUGAAGGAGAAAGUUUAUACAAAAAUGAUAUCCUGCCAGUAGCAGAGAAACUUUGAAGUUUGAAAGUACCUGUUUAAGUGUUAUACUUCUAUUACAGAGAGCAUCUAAUAUACCAGUUUAGAUCCAUUUCUGUAUACCUUUUCUAGUUACUUGCUUAAUACUACUUUGGAUCAUUAUCACUUACCCACUUAAAAUAUAUUAGUAUCUUUUAUACUUUCUAAAGAAGGAAGAAUCUUUUGAUAAUUAUUAAAUUCACCUUCCAAUGAUGAUUUAAAUUUUGGACCUGUUAACUUUUAAGAGGGUCAGAGCCCUUUUUUGUCUUAGUAGUUAAAUCCUCAGUCUCUUGGGUAGGAAUAUAGAUGUGUGUCCUCAUAUCCACCAGCUAGAUAAGCAAGAACCUUUUAAGGUAGUAGAUAGUCUGGUGGUUUUAGAAGUGUUCGGUGAUUUUUAUGGGUGGAAGUUUUCUGAAGUAGUGGUUUAUGGGCAUCUCCUCAGAUGUUAAGGAGGCCAGCUUUUGGGGUGGUGAUCUCAGGUUUGAUGCCUGAGAACAGCAGCUUUUUUCCUCAUUGAUACAGGUGGGAAUCUGGAGAGAUUUUCUUCUCACAGAAGAUGCAUGUAUGGAGAGUGAGAAUUUGAGGCAUUUCUUCUGCAUAAAUAAUUCUACCUGCUGGACAGAAACUUGGACAGUUCUUUGUAAUUCACUGGAUUGCAGGUUAGCAUGUCCUAAUUACAAGAGGUAACAGUAUUUGUCAAGCCCUUUUUGCCUUGGGUUUUCAUAAUAGAAACUUGUCUUCUAAAAUGCAGUUAUUGUAAUCAAAAUGUUAUCCUAAAAUUGGAUGAUUUAAAAAAACCAGUGAGAAGGAUUUAAUGUAUCAGGUUUUGUUUUUUUUCCUAAAAGUUUAUGCUGUAAUAUUUGCUGGUAGCAAUUGCUGUAAAACAACUGAUGAGUUGUUUUGUUGAAAAGAUCCAGUCUCAGAGCAGGAUUCAUCUGUCAUUCAUGGCAGAGUAAAAAGGUUAGUGUGGUUCUCAUUUAAAUAAUUCAGUUCUUAAAAUUCUUAAAAUUAUCUUAAACCAUUGUCCUUUAAGAAUUUAUUUGAAGAUACUAUUUUUUGAAAGUUCAAAAUUUUGUGUAGAGGUAGAUUUUUGGGUUUGUUUUUUUUUUUUACCCCAUUGAUAGGUAGUGCCUUAUUAAUACCAGCUGGUGUUUAGCUGUAACAAAACUCCAGUAAGACCAAACAAUCCCAAGUAAAGAAGAAAUCUUUUAGAGUCAGAUUUUCCCUUCUAAUACCAUUGGAGAUAAUGUUGCUUUGAUUUAUUCAUAAAGUAUUGUAACUAUAGGGACUGCUGAAGAUAAUAGUUGGGCAAGUGCUUUUCUUCUUAAACUGGUUGGUUAAAGUUGCAUUUUGAAAAUCAUUUAUGUUAAAUUGGGUAGGAUGGUAAUCAUGGAAACUGAGUAUUUGUAUGGACCUGCCCAUGUUCUCUUAAAAAGAUAUUUCAUAUGCAGAUGAUAAAGACCAAACCAAUGGCUGCACUAUAGGUCUGCUUCUUACUUAUUCUGUUUCUGUUUAUGUUGUAGAAAAUGAAAUUCUAGCAACUUCAAUUCUGUUAUCUUUUGAUACUUAUGAAAUAUAUUAGAUUUUACUAUAUUGUGCUUUUCAAAGCCAUAACUCUUAAGAACUUUGUUUUUGCAUAUUGUUUGCUAAUACUUUAUUUUAAUAAAUCUCAAAUCUGUUUAA